AUGUCUCUAAACAAGCACAACAAGCCAGUCAUCGCCGUCGUGGGCGCCGGCCCGGGCAUUGGCGAAGCCGUCGCCCGCCGCUUCGUGGCCGAAGGCUUCUACGCCGCCCUGCUAGCCCGUACAGAGGACAAGCUGCACAAGAUGGCCCAGGGCAUCGAGGCCGACCACGGCCCCGACACGGCAAAGUACUACAUCACCGACCUGCGGGAGGAGGCCUCGGUGCUCACGAGCUUCCAGCACAUCCGCGACGAAUUAGGCGCCGUGUCCGUCCUGGUAUACAACGCCGGGGCGCGGCGCGUGAACGGCCGGUCCAUCCUCGACACGUCGUCCGAGGAAUUCGAGAACUUCACCAAGAUCAACCUGUUCGGCGCCUUCUGGGCGACCAAGUGCGUCUUGCCGGACAUGCUGGCCGCGGGCAAAGGCACGAUUCUUUUUACCGGCGCGACGGGCGCCCUGCGCGGCAACCCGGGCCUGUCCAGCUUCUCGCCGGGCAAGUUCGGCCUGCGUUCGCUGUGCCAGAUCGUGACGCGCGAGUACCAGGCCCGGGGCAUCCACGCGGCGCACGUCAUCGUCGACAGUCCCGUGGAUGGCAAGUUGAUUGGCGAGUGGUCGAGGAGGGAGUGGAAGCGGCGCGGGCAGGAAGGGAAGCUGGACGAUGUGGAUGCCCAUCUGGUGGCGCCGGCGGAUCUGGCUCAGACGUAUUGGUUCUUGCAUACGCAGCCGCGGAGUUCGUGGACGCAUGAGUUGGACGUUCGGCCGCAGGGGGAGAGCAUGUUCUCGAAAUUGUAG